CGUGUUUUCCCCUGCUGCCACCGCAUUGCUACAAAGUUUACAGUAUAGCAACAAUUGAAUGCUAGCAGCGGAGUUUCGAAGUUAAUUCUUGGUACAUUUCAGUUCGUCUUCAUGGUAACAUAAACCGGAGUUUGUGUUCUGGAGACGAUAAAAAGUCAGUGACCCGCAUGGAAACACAGAGCCCAGCUUCCCAUCUGCUGUAGGGGAUUUUUGUGUAGUGCUGGUCGAUGCGAAAGAUAGUUGUUGAUUUGCUAACACGAGCACGAGAGUUGCUCCAGCGUUACAUGUGGGGCAUGUGCGCUUUGUUGUUUUAGUUUAUAUACAUUACAGCUUAACACAGUUUUAGCAAGGUCUAUAUUUCCUUACUUUAAAGUGCAUCUGAUCGAAGUUUAACCAACCAAUAGUUAGGUUUUAGUGUGGAAACUGCUUUUCAGGUAAGCUAAUUACGGACUAGUUUUACGGUUUUGGUUAAACGCAACCAAUUACCACGUUGAUUUCAACGCAGUAGGCCUAUGCCCAUUAGACGUUUUGCUGGUCACAAGUCUUUGUUCCCUUACUCUCAAACCCCCAACCUUUCGAAAAAUGAAUGUUUCAAGAAGUGGGUACCGUGUCUUUUCUGCUAACUCCUCCACCGCCUGCAUCGAGCUGGCCAAGAAGAUCACCGAUACUCCUGGGAGUCUAGCUGCAGGUGACCCGUGGCCAGUGGACGGUUGGGUGUAGAGUUGGGCAAGUCAGUGGUUUAUCAAGGGUCGAACUCGGAGACCAAAGUGGAAGUGCAAGAGUCUGUACGUGGACAAGACAUCUUUAUCAUUCAGACCAUUCCCAGGGAUGUCAACACGGCCAUCAUGGAGCUGCUGGUUAUGGCCUACGCUCUGAAGACUAACUGUGCCAAGAACAUCAUCGGGGUCAUUCCCUACUUUCCCUACAGCAAGCAGUGCAAGAUGAGGAAGAGGGGGUCCAUCGUCUGCAAGCUGCUAGCAUCCAUGUUAGCUAAAGCUGGUCUAACCCACAUCAUCACCAUGGACCUCCACCAGAAAGAGAUCCAGGGUUUCUUCAGCUUCCCCGUUGACAACCUGAGAGCUUCCCCCUUCCUCAUCCAGUACAUCCAGGAGGAGAUUCCAGACUACAGGAAUGCCGUAAUUGUUGCAAGGUCCCCUUCAUCUGCCAAGAGAGCUCAGUCCUAUGCUGAGAGGCUGCGCCUGGGCCUGGCAGUGAUGCACGGAGAAGCCCACCACUCAGAGUUGGACAUGCCUGACGGACGACAAUCUCCGCCGCCCUUGUCUCGCACCACCCCGGGGCACACCGGCCUCGAGCUGCCAUUAAUGAUGGCGAAGGAGAAGCCCCCCAUCACUGUUGUCGGAGACGUGGGAGGCAGAAUUGCCAUCAUUGUUGAUGACAUCAUCGAUGAUGUGGAGGACUUUGUUGCCACAGCAGAAAUCCUCAAAGAGAGGGGAGCCUACAAGAUCUACAUCAUGGCGACACACGGCCUGCUGUCUGCAGACGCACCCAGACUACUGGAGGACUCCGCCAUCGAUGAGGUGGUGGUGACCAACACCGUGCCUCACGAGGUGCAGAAGCUUCAGUGUCCAAAAAUCAAGACUGUGGACGUCAGUAUGAUCCUGGCUGAGGCCAUCCGCCGCACCCACAACGGAGAGUCCAUGGCUUAUCUGUUCCGCAACAUCGCUGUGGAUGACUGAGGCAACACACACACUUGCAUUUACAUUCCAGCACACACACACACACCGAUGACCAAGAUUAAUGCAUUUUUGCUUUAACCUGUUGUUCUUGUUUGUUUUACGGAUAACAUGUUGGCAGAAACUGACUGUAUUCACUGUGUUAGACAAGUCAAACUCUACUCUAAUCCUCUGAUAAGAUACAUAAUGGGACUGUACACGCAAUGCAAACUGUUUCACUUCACUAACACAUGCUUCCCACCAUCUGAAAACAUAUAUAGCACAACAUAAUGUAUCACGUGCAUCCUCUCAGUCAGCUGAAGAAUUUGGCAAAUAAAACUAUUAUUCUUGGGUGAA